CUGGCCGGACACUAAGCUAACCUGGUGUGAAGUAGUGGCAACAAACCGGCAGAAGUUAGGAGGUUCACUGACGUUUAACUGCAAGUGCACCAUGUUUAAUGCUAUGGGGACAUCACAAAAAGCGUCCAGACGUCAAAACAUGUCACCUCAAGGCUCCAGUUCCAGUGACUCAAAAACAAUUCACAUUGGUGAAGAAGUCAAGAUAGCAGUGAACCUCUCUUUGGAGAGGUUUCGUUAUAGUGAUGAAAAAGAGAUGGAAUUCCCAUCCUCACUGUCCAACACUGAGCGAGCCUUUAUUCAUCGACUGGCCCAGUCCCUGGGCUACAUUUCCAAAAGCAAAGGAAAAGGCUCCAGUCGUUUUCUGACAGUCAGGAAGAGAGAUGUUUCAGACAAACCUCGGCCCAGUACAUCUCUUGAUCUGUGCCCCAGCUCCUUAUAUUUCAUCCGCAGCCUGCUGCAGAGAUUUCCCACCAGCAAGAAGGAACGUGCAGACAUGCAUCCCAACAUCAAAAGUGGCAUGUCUCUGGCUACAGAAACUAACAGCGGCUUUGACAGGAACAGAGCAAGUGGGCGCCUAAACAAUGGCAUUCCUAUGGUUCCUAGGAAGAGGGCGCCAUCAGAACUGGACAUUUUCCGAAGCUCCCUGCCUGUACAUGAGCACCAGGAGGAGAUUGUCAGACUGAUCAGAGAAAACAGAGUAGUACUUGUUUUGGGAGAGACUGGCUCUGGAAAAACUACACAGAUUCCCCAGUUUUUGUUAGAUGAUUGUAGCAGAAAUGGAAAACCCUGCAGGAUUUUCUGUACUCAGCCCAGGCGCCUGGCUGCCAUCGCUGUGGCUGAGAGAGUUGCAGCCGAGAGAGGGGAGAGUGUUGGCCAGACAGUUGGUUAUCACAUCAGACUGGAAAGCAGGGUCUCGCCCAAGACACUGCUAACCUUCUGCACAAGUGGAGUCCUCCUCAGAACACUGAUGGCUGGGGAUACCAGCCUCACAACCGUCACCCAUGUCAUUGUGGAUGAGGUUCACGAGCGCGAUGGCCUGACUGACUUCCUUCUUACUAAGAUGCGGGAUGUUGUCCAGAGGAUUCCCACACUGAAGCUGAUUCUCUCUAGUGCAGCUCUGGAUAUAGACCUAUUCCUCCAUUACUUUGGCUCCUGCCCUGUGAUCCACCUUAAAGGGAAACAAUUUGAAGUGAAAGAGCUCUUUCUGGAAGAUAUCCUGAGGCAGACGGGCUUUAAUAGAAAGGACAUCUGGAAAUAUCAGGAAGAGACUCAGAGAAAAGAGGGGAAGCAGAAACGAUUGACAGAGUGGUGUGAGACGGUGGAGAGCAGUUCUGUUGGUGGGAAACGGACCCACAUGUUGGCUCCAGGCUUCCUUCAUGCUGCCAGCUGUGGGGACAGAGAAGAUGAGGGCUCCAUCAAACUGAACGAAAAUGACACAGAGCAGCUUGAACCGUGGCUGCUGCGGGAGAUGGACUCCUGCAUUUCCAGCAUUUUCCUACAUGAAGACCAGGAGGCUUUCAGUCAACUCUUCAACCUCAUUCUAAAUGAAAGCGUCCCUGUGGACUUCAUGCACAGUGAGACCGGCUCCACGGCUCUGAUGGUGUCAGCAGCGCGGGGAUUCCUUCCACAAACGCAGCAGCUGCUCAGUAUGGGUGCUGAUAUCAACAUAAAGGCUUCUAACGGAUGGACUGCCUUAGAUUUUGCUAAACACUUCCAGCAGUCAGAAGCAAUGGAUAUCCUCAAGUCUUCAAUACCUUUGGGGGAAGUGAGCAGCCUGGAGGAAUCAGCAUUGGUACAGAGCAGUCCUACAGAGCUGAGCAGUGAAGAACAAGAGCUUCUCAAACAGUACCAUCACAGCUUUGAUGACCAGCGGGUGGACCUGGAUCUCAUUAUGACAUUGCUCCAUAACAUCUGUACCACCACUAAUGAGGGUGCUGUCCUCGUAUUUCUUCCUGGAUAUGAUGAAAUUGUGUCAUUGAGGGAUCGCAUCCUCUUUGAUGAUAAGAGGUUCUCCACUCACUCCGAGAGUUACCAGGUUUUCACUCUGCAUUCUGACAUGCAGACUCUGGAUCAGAAAAGAGCCAUGAAGCCAGCGCCAUCUGGUGUCCAGAAGAUAAUUCUUUCUACUAACAUUGCUGAAACAAGCAUUACUAUUGAUGAUGUGGUCUUCGUUAUUGAUUCAGGAAAGAUCAAAGAGAAGUCCUUUGAUACGCUGAGUCGGGUUUCUAUGUUAAAGACUGUUUGGAUCUCAAAAGCCAGUGUUUUGCAAAGAAAAGGAAGAGCUGGUCGCUGUAGACCUGGGGUUUGCUUCCAUCUCUUCAGUCGUCUCAGAUUCAACAAUAUGCAAGAGUUCCAGGUUCCACAGCUGCUGCGAAUGCCACUGCAGGAAUUGUGUCUACAGACCAAGCUGUUGGCUCCUUCAUCCUGCCCCGUUGCUGAGUUCUUAUCUAAAGCGCCACAGCCACCUCCCACACAUGCAAUCCAGAGUGCUGUACAGAUGUUAAAGACAAUAGAUGCUCUGGACCAGAAUGAAGACUUAACCGACCUGGGCUUCCACCUGGCUGAUUUACCUGUGGAGCCCCACCUGGGGAAAAUGGUGUUGUGCGCUGUUGUGCUCAAGUGUCUGGACCCCAUUCUCACCAUUGCCUGUACUCUGGCCUAUCGUGACCCUUUCACCCUUCCUGCUGAAAGCUCCCAGAAGAGAGCUGCUCUGCAGAGCCGCAAACGUUUCACGUCCAACACCUUCAGUGACCACAUGGCCCUGCUCAGAGCUUUCCAGGCAUGGCAGAAAGCCCGCAGUGAAGGCUGGGAGAGAUCAUUCUGUGAAAGGAACUUCCUGUCCCAGUCUACCAUGGACAUGAUUCUUGGCAUGAGGACACAACUUUUAGGGCAACUUCGUGCUAUUGGUUUUGUGCGCGCCCGUGGGGGCAGCGAUAUCCGUGAUGUUAAUCUGAAUUCUGAAAACUGGGCUGUCGUGAAAGCAGCCCUGGUGGCUGGAAUGUAUCCAAACAUGGUUCAUGUCAACAAGAAGACCUCCCUGCUCUCCAGUAACAGAGAGAAGAAGGUUCAUUUUCAUCCUACAUCAGUCCUGAGCCAGCUGCAGUUGAAGGAGAACAACAGCUCCAAAUUAGGUCAGACCCUCCCCACAGACUGGUUGAUCUAUGAUGAGAUGAGCAGAGGUCACAGGAUGGCCAGUGUUCGCUGUUGCUCCGUGGUGACCUCCAUCACAGUGGCCAUGUUUGGAGGUGGUACCAAACUUCUUAGCUCCACACUCCAUGAAAGUGCUGUACAGAAAAGAAAUGAAAAUCCUCUGGAUGACAUGAGUGACAGUGACACAGAAGAUUUAGUGGAGAUAAAGAUUGACGACUGGCUUGUCUUCGGGCUCGAGAGAGAGACUGCAGCACUGGUAUCUGAACUCAGACAGAAGUGGCAGAACCUGUUUAUAAAGAGGAUCCGCUGUCCUUCCAAACCCUGGUCUCAGCAGGACGAGGCAGUCAUCCAGACCUUAGUGUCUGUGCUAGGUGCUGAGGAGCAGGAAGCUGGCCUGCAGCAGCCUACAGGGAUUGGUCAGAGGCCUAGGCCUAUGACAUCAGAGGAUGGGCCAAGGUCAUCAGGGAGGAACUCCAAGGCCAGCCCCCAGCUGCCCUCUCACAACACAAAUGACAAGCCUCGUCGAAUGCUGUCUUCUGACCUGCUGAAGACUAACUCCCACAGCAGAGAUGAAGUCUCACUGGCCAUCAAGAAGCUGUGGGAUUAUCCGUCUUCCUCCAGUAGUUCUUCCUGCUCUGUUACUCUGGAUGGGCCCCCCGAGUCUCCCUCAGGAAAGCUGGUCUUAAAGUCUGUGUCUCAGAAGCCUACUGUGUCAUCAGUCCGAUACUUCAUUAUGAAGAGCAACAGCAUCAGAAACAUAGAGAUUUCUCAGCAGAAAGGCAUCUGGUCUACUACACCAAACAACGAGACCAAACUCACCCAAGCUUUCCUGGCAAAUAGCUUCAUAAUUCUCAUCUUCUCUGUCCAGGGAUCUGGACACUUCCAGGGUUACGCUCGCAUGACAUCUGUCGUCAGCCAGGAGAGCUGCCAGGACUGGGGCUUCAUGGGGCUCGGAGGAGUUUUCAGUGUAGAGUGGAUCCAUAAAGAGAGUCUUCCCUUCCCCUUCACCCAGCACAUCCUCAACCCAUGGAAUGACAACAAGAGAGUUCAAGUCAGCAGGGAUGGACAGGAGUUGGAGCCCCAGGCUGGCAGCCAGUUGCUGUCUCUGUGGGAGAGGAAUUCUGGGAAUCAGCUUCACUAAUGUUGGACUCCUCAUUAACUUAACAGGUAUUCUAACUCUGUGACUGACUAGGAACCCCCAAACUUAUUGACCAUGGAAGGUAAUAUGUUUUCUGGGCACUCAGGGCACUAAUGUUGCACAUGUGCCAUGUUUUGUUUGUAUUCCACCUGAAGUGCCCUGCACCACCAGUUCGGACCUGAUAACCAGAAAAACUGACUCAUUCCACAGAGAAAUGUCUCCUCUGUGCUGCUCUCAGUUCAAACUUUAGUUUUCACCUUUUCAUUGUUUUCUCAUUCUGUUAGAUGUGUUUUGAAACAAUAUUUGUUGUAUAAGGUGUCUGUACAAUAAGUUUACAAUAAAAAGAAUGUGGCUCUGUAGAUGUAAACAGGAUUCAUAUGGGAGCAACCUUAUUUUUGCUGUUGUUUUUCAAUGUUUUGUUUUAUUCUACUUGGUGUAAUUGCCCUGUUUUUAUCCAACUGACUUGUUUCUAUUUAAAGCAUAUUGCUUAUUUUUGUGAGAAUACUCAAAGUCUGCUUUAUUUGUUCA